UCAUGCUGCUGCCAGUCCAGAGUCCCAUGGGCCCCUGUAGGGGCCCUCCCAUUGCGCUGCCCCAUCCCCAACACUUGCCUUGGGCCACUUUCAGGUCCCUCACACUGUGGUGUGUUCCAUUUUUCCCAUAGGGUGCUGGCAGUUAGGGGCCCUCCCUAGCUGCUCCCAGGCCCCUAAUCGCCAGGGGCCCCUGUACCGCCCCCUCAUGCUGCUGCCAGGUCCAGAGUCUCUCAUGGUCCCUGUACGGCCUCCCAUUGCUGCUGUCUCCAACGCCACACUCUGCCAUGUGCCACUUUCAGGUCUCCUCACACUGGCUGGUGUGUUCCAUUUUUUUGUCAUAGGGAUGCUGGCAGAUUACGGGCCUCCUAUAGCUGCUGCCAGGCCCCUAAUCUGCCAUGGGCCCCUAUACCGCCUCCUCAUGCUGCGCCAAGUCAGAGUCUGUCAUGGGUCCCUGUACAGCCUCCCAUGGCUGCUG